AUAAAGACAAGUGUGGCAAGAAAAUCUAAUUCCUUUUGCAAAACUGAGUGGGAUUCAAACAGAGGAAAUCUAUGCCAGUUUCAGGGUGAGGGCUACUUAAAUUACAAGUGACUCUGAAGCUGCACAGCUGAGUUGGGGAGGCCCCUCCAGAGAUCCCCAGUCCCCUGCGCAUGCAGGGUCACUGACGAUGGUUGCCUUGGACUGUAUCCCACUGGCAGGUCUUGAGUAUCCCCAUGGAUGGAGACUCCACAACCCCUCUGGGCAACCUGUGCCAGGCUGGAGGUUAAAGCAAACAAUUUUACCAGCAAAAACGGACUAUCGUCCAAGUAACACACUGCUUUGUCUGCGUAAGAACUGCCAUAGACACACAGAAGCCGCUGUAGGGGUGUUUCCUCAGGGUCCUCCUGCGGACAGCCACAGCCACCGCCCUGACAGUACACUGAGGUCUGCUCUGCCCCGUGCCAGCUCCCCAGCACCCCCCCAGUGAGGCUCAGUGGUGAAAGGAUGGGUAACGGGACUGCUGCUGGCUUGCACGCCGUGCAUGGCACCCAAAGGCUUCAGCAAGGCUUGCGUGCUCCAGGGGCCUAUCUCUGGGAGCAAUCUGUCUACAGGAGAGAGAGUCAUCUCUGGGAGAAACGUCGCUGUGCAACAGAAAAAAUGGAUUGCACAAUCUCAGAGGAUUUGCCUCUCAGAUGCUCUCUGUCUUGAAGUGAAAAUACCUGUUUUCCACCACUCUCAUUUUCUAGAGGGGCAGUGCAAAAGGACACCUGAGGGUGUGCUCGAAAGGACUGGUCAUGGAGUUCACCCCAGUGCCAAUGGAACUACGUAUGUGGGCAGUUGGAAAAACAACAAAUGCAUACAUCACCAUGCUGCCACAAACUGCAUUUUCAACAGGCUGGAUUUAUGUCAUUACAGGAUGGAAAGUGAAGGAGACUGUAUAGAUGAAAAUGGAAGCACAUUUCAUGGUUUGGCAGCAGUGGGACUGAAACAGAAAUUGAAAAUGCAGCUAUUUGGCACGGACAGUAGCACGGGUUAA